CAGCAAUGAAGAAGUAAAAGAAAGCACACGGCGAUAUAAAAGAAAUAAAAAACAUUUAAAUAUAAUUUUAACAACAAUGGCAUAAGUAGCAAUUUUGCAGCUCUGGCGACAGUAAGGGUGUUGGUUCACGAACAAGAAAUUUUAAUAUAUGGAAUAUAUAUAGGUCUUUAAAUUUAACAGGAUUUUUCUGACGAGCAAAAGGAUGGAAAGGAAAAAGCUUCUUCGACAUGAGUUUGUGUUUUUCGAGCUAUUUUUUACUUAUUUUAUUUAAUUUUCUUUAAAGUAAAAAAAGAAACAAAAAAAAACAUACAGUAGGUAUUCAUUUUUAAGCUUGCAUUUUUUUUAUUUUUUUUUUAAAUUGUAUUUUUGCAAAACACGUUAUGAGUAUGCAGCUUUAUUGCUGAUUAGAGAGUCUUACAAACCAGGUUAUUUUGGACUAAAAAUCUGUCCUUAAAAAGAGAGUCCUAAGAACAAGGUUGGUAUUUGAUAAUUUUAAAUCAGUCUUUUGAAAGAUUCAGUAUUUGAUCGAUCAGGUUAAGCUCAUAUCAAAGAAAAGAAAAUCUUUAAUUUACAUUUCUUGUUACUUGCGUUAAGCCUUACAGAAGGAAUAGCUUAGGAGUAGAAAAUCUUGUCCCGAAGGCUUUUUGUUUUCCUAGGAGAGGGGAAACUAAAAACGGUUCUUUAUCUAUUUUGCCUAAUGUCAAAAAGAAGCCUGAGUACAAGUUGAUAAGUAAAGCUAAUACUGUGGAUUUUAUUUUCUAGAAAAAUAGUGUAUAACGUCAUUGCAACAUUAAAGAUGUCGGAUAAAUCAAUGACUACAUGUGCUACCAUGUUGGUAGCUCUUUUCCAAAAGCAGAGACAACAAGUUAACAAACCACAUAAAGGGAGAUGCACCUGUACGUGCCACACAUACAGUAAUAAACAUAAAAACAUUACAGAGCUUAACAAAAUGAACGAUAAUAAAUUUUUUAAUUGUAAGUGCAACCACGAUUGUGGAAGUAAACUACGAAAAGACAAACGGAAAAAAACAAAAAAGAAGAAGAUUGUGAAAUUUCAAAUUGAGCAUACUGGAAGUAUGAGUAGUUUGCAAUCACCCAACCGCCCCACCUUACCGCCCACGACAUCUUGUGAUAAAUUACGGAACACUUUAUCUCUUUGUAAAAAGUUAAAUGGAAAAAACCGCACUGAAACAUUUAAUAGUGUAAAUACCGUAAGUGGACUUCGAAGAGAGUCAAACUCUUUAAGAGGACACUUUUUAUCGCCUUCGAUUCAAAGAAGUCAUGAUUUGAAGCAACGUUUAUCCCGCGAACAUUUUACAGGCAAGCAGCAAGUAUCACCAAGGAUAAAUGAAAGUUCGGACGACCAAAGGCCUAAAUCCUUUUACGAAUGGACAAUACCAUUUGAAAAUAUUGAACUUGGAGAACCUGAAGCAUCGAGUUCAAAAGGAACAGUAUACAGAGGGCGUUGGCAUGGUGACGUGAUGAUCUACACUCGUUCACACGAGACAAGUGAAGGUAUUGAAGAUUUCCACGAUGAAGUGGCGUUGCUUGGAUUGAUUCGACAUGAAAACGUUGUUCUGUUCAUGGGCGCAUGUAUUGAACCUCCGAACCUCGCUGUUGUUACAAGUGUACGAAAAGGCGAUACAUUGCAUACGUAUUUACACACACGAAUGACGUCAUUUCACUUUGGCACAAAGUUCAGCAUAGCGAAACAAGUAGCGCAAGGAAUGGGAUAUUUACAUGCUAAAGGAAUAACUCUUGGAAAAUUAUGCUCCCGAAAUAUAUUUUUAGAAUCGAAAGUUAAAAUCGGAAUAACGGAUUAUACAAUGACAAUGACUCCAACGGUGAAAAAAAACUGGGGUAGUAUACCAAAAGGACAUUUGACAUAUCUAAGUCCGCAGUUGAUGCGUUGCUUGCAUGUGGAUGGUGUCUAUUUGUCAUCCACUGAAAAGACAAAUUCAAAAUCUGAUGUAUUUGCAUACGGAACGCUGUUGUACGAAAUAUUUCUUGGUCGAUAUCCUUUCAAAGAUGCAGAAGCUGAAACAGUUAUAUGGAAAGUAUCAAAAGGAGUCGUCCAAUCAUUGGAUGAUACAGAUUUUCCUUUGACGUUUAAGGGUUUAAUUCAAUCGUGUUGGAGUAACAGUGAAAAUAACAGACCAGAGUUUCAUGACAUUCUAUCAAGCAUGCGCAAACUAAAUAUUCCACGUUCCUUACAAAAGAAAUUGAGUUUAUCUGACUCUGGUGCAAUCAACAAACAACAUAGUAACCACUCCCCUCUUCAUCGAUUGCAAAGUUCACCUGCUCAACCAACCAGAUGGAAAAAAUCAUGCUAAGUUAUUCAACCUUCUUAUUAUUACACAUGCAUCUUUAUUCAUUGGGUAAAGUUUCAAGAUGUUACAGCCGUCGUACUAUCCAACGAAAGAUUUUUUUUAAAAAUCGGUUUAUCUAUCAUAAGUGUGAAAAAGAGGCCUGGGAACGAAAAUGGAGAAUUGAUCAUUUACAAAAACUUUUUAUGAAGCUUGUAUAUUUCUACGUAUAAGCUAGCUGAGUCUUAUAAAAUUUGUUCCAGCAGUUAAAAUUAACAAUUUAAAUCUGUAAAUACCCUUCUUAACCACUGCAUGGAUUGCAUAUACUAAACAUUCGCCAUUUUGAAUAUUAUCGUGUCCACAAAUGCAUGGAUAGUGUGCAGAAUAGAGAGUGAUGUUUCAAUAGUGGUUAGAAAACAAAUAUGGAGACAUUUUAUGAAAGUGUGAUUUUUGUUCUUUGUAAAUAAAGCUGUAUUUGUACAAUACUAUUUUUCACAGAUUAUAUACAGAAUAAAUGUAUGUACAUGUA